AUGAACCAAUCAUCACCUCCUCUUGUUCUUGUUGAAAGUGAACAAAUUCCAAGAACACAAAAUCAAAGAAAGAAAAAUUGGAAAUGUACAUUUCCUAAAUGUGAAGAAGCACCUAAAACAAGAUAUAAUUGUUAUGCACAUGUUUGGGAUGCACAUUUACGAACAGAACUUAGUAAACCAGGAAAGAAUCCAAAUAAUUUAUUAUUAACAACGUUUAAGUUAUCUCCUCAAAAAGAUGAUAUUAAAAGGUUGUGUGAGGAUUAUAUGAUUAAAUUGAUAGAUAAAUAUCCACCAACAAAAAUUAAAAAAAAAAUAAUAAUAAAUAAUAAUGAUGGUGAUAACAAUUUACAAUAUCCUUUUGCCUUUGACCCUAAUUCAAAGUCAUUUGACAAUGAAAUUCAUACUAAUUCAUCAUCAAAUAGUGUUAUUAAUAAUGAAACUACACCAAGUCGUUCAAUAGAAAGUGUUCCAAUAUCAUAUUCUGGAGCACCUCUUGCUAUUGACACACCUAUUGGAAUUGAAAUGCAACCAACACCAAUAAAACAAAACAUAAAUACAAAUGAAAUACAACAAAUGAUUAAAAUUCCAUCAACAGGAGAUUACCAAAUAUCACCAGAAGAUUUUAUUAAGAUUGAAAAGAUUAAUGAAAAUCUCAGACAAUUGCAUGUACUUGGAGAAAUAUUUGCAGAAAAUGGAUUUUUAGUAAGGUCAGAUGCACGAAGUAAAACUGAUAUUGAAGAAAUACACAAUUCUCUUAAUGGAAUUUUAUCUUUAGUUGGAGUGUCUUAUUCUUAUAAAAAUGAUAGUGAUAAUAAAAAAUAUGGAUUUGUUGCACAGGAUGUACAAAAGAUUUAUCCAGACUUAGUGAAAGAAGAUGAUACAGGAAAAUUGACAGUAGAUUAUUUAGGAAUUAUUCCUCUUCUUGUUGAGGCAUUAAAAGAAAUACAUAAUAAUGCACAAGGAUUAAGAGAAAUAGAAGAAAUAAAUGGUGUAUCAAAGAAAGUUGAUUGUGCAAUUACACAGUUAGAAAAAGUAUUAUUUGAAAUGAAUUGUAAUAAUCCCCAACGAGAAGAAAAAUCUAAAUUCAUUCAAUGGAAAAUACGUAUGAUGCAUAUAUUUGGACCAAUAUCAUUUUUAAUAUUUAGUUGUUUGUUUAGUACCAUUACUUGUAUAAUUAUUGCAAUUAUCUUUCCAUCAAUGUACUUUUUAAUGGGAAUAACAAUAUUAUUAUCUAUUAUAUUAUGGAUUUUUGUACUAAUUAAUAAAACAGAAGUAAUGAAUUUCUUAAAAACUAAAAAGGCAUUCUUUCCAAUAAAAAAUAAUAUCAAUUUUAAAUGGAGAUUAUCCCAAUAUAUUACGUGGUAUAUUGUUUUUUCACUUUUAAUGUCAAUGUUAAUGCUGUCUAUUAUCAUUGGAUAUCAUGUAAUAACUCUUGUUAGUUGUUAUAUUAUUGGUGUAAUAAUAUCAUUAGUAAUAUGUUAUUUUAUUAAUAAAGCAUCAUAUAGAUUUGGACUUCCAUAUCAAUAUUCAUUUAUUGUUUUAGUAAUCUUUCAAGCUAUUUGUAUUGCAGUUAUUAUUCUUUGUACUGUAUAUCAACCAUUUUAUGAAGGAAAAAAUUUUGGAGAUGAUUCUCAAUAUGUAGUUCAUCUUUCAGAUAAUGUAGAAGUAAGGCAUGUAACUAUGCCUCAAAUAUCAUGGAAUUGUUUUUCACCAAAAAUAAUUAGUGAACCUUAUUUACCAAAUGGAUUAUCAUUUAAUACCUCACAGAAAUUAUUUUGUUUAUCUCAUCCUUUUCUUAUGGGAAUUCCACAUGGUGACAUUGUUGAUUCAGUAGUUAAAGUGAGUCUUCAAUGUAAUGGAAUUGUCCUUCUUGAUUAUCCUACAUUAACAUUUAAAACAUGUGCAAAAAAUACUGAUCCAGGAUUAUGUAGUAUUAAUUCAUGUGGUUAUUGUCGUUCAUCAAAAUCAAGUUUCUGUGGGAUAUGUGAUGAUUAUUUUACAAAGCAAUGUCAAUCAGUUGCUGGUAUUUCUAAUUGUUAA